AUGAAGGCUGAUACAAUUCUUGACUAUGCUCUGUUUGAGCUUUCCCAAAAACACUCCCGAUGCGAACUGUUUGUGUCGAGUAAUGGAGAAACAGAGAAACUGGCUUCAGGAUUGAUCGAACCAUUUGUGAAUCAUCUCAGUGUUCUUGAAGCACAAUCCUAUUUUAGAGCGGAACUAGAGGAAAGAAAUGACAAAUCUUGGUUCACAAGAACACUCGAGAGAUUUGUUCAGUUUGUUAAUAGCCCAGAAGUUUUGGAAAGAGUCAAUACAUAUGAUUUGGAGAUGUCACAGUUGAAAGCAGCUCGGACAUUAUAUUCUCAGGGCGAUGGAGGUGUAACGGAUGCAACAAAGAAGGAGCUCUCAAGAGCUAUAGAUUUAAGACUUGAUGCAAUUUAG